AUGGCACACCUCAACGUCAAGCCGGACCCGGCCUACCUGAAAUAUGAGGCUAUGAUGAAGAAGCGCCAUCAUUAUUUCCGAUGGACGCCCCGAACUGCCAGAAUCACCUUCAUCUACGUUGCCCUGAUCCCCGCCAUGAUGGGCUACAUCGCCUACAAGACCGACGGACUUUGGGAUUUCCGAGCGAAGCGAAAGGGCGAUCUCGUUUACGAGAAAUAG